AUGGAUUCAGGUUCGCCAUAUCAAUGGCUGAGAGAACUAAGGCGCGACUCUCAGAGCUCGAAUCCGAUAAGUCUUCUCAUUGAGUGUGCCAAAUGCGUUGCAUCGGGAAGCAUAAAAAAUGCAGAUAUAGGACUUGAGUAUAUUUCUCAGAUUUCUUCGCCUGAUGGUGAUGCUGUGCAAAGAGUGGUUACUUAUUUCAGUAAAGCACUUGGAUACAAGAUAGUCAAACAAUUACCGGGUGUUUACAAAGCGCUGAAUUCCUCGAAAACUUCAUUGUCUUCGGACGAUAUCCUUGUUCAGAAAUACUUCUACAAAUUGUGUCCGUUUUUGAAGUUUUCGUACCUGAUUACAAAUCAAGCAAUAGUUGAAAAAAUGGAAUGUGAAAAGGUUGUUCAUAUAAUUGAUCUUCAUUGUUCCGAACCAGCGCAAUGGAUAAAUCUUAUACAAACGUUGAAGAAGCGUCCCGGAGGUCCGCCUCAUCUGAAAAUUACAGGAAUUCAUGAAGUGAAAGAGGUACUUGACCAAAUGAGUUUUCAUUUAACAACUGAAGCUGGAAAUUUGGAUUUUCCUCUACAGUUUAAUCCAAUAGUUAGUAAACUCGAAGAUGUAGAUUUCGAUAACCUGCCUGUCAAGACAGGAGAUGCUGUUGCGAUUACUUCUGCUCUUCAGCUGCAUUCUCUCCUCGCAACCGAUGAUGAAAUGGUUGGGAAGAUCUCACCAGCAGGACCAUCAUCUAUCAACCUGCAGAGAGCAGUGCAGAUGGGUCAGAGAACUUUUGCAGAUUGGCUCGAACGAGAUAUGAUCAAUGCAUAUAUCUUGAGUCCCGAUUCAGCUUUAUCUCCUCUCUUUUUAGGUGCUUCACCUAAGAUGGGGUUCUUUCUCAACGCUAUGCGGAAGCUACAGCCGAAACUUUUAGUGAUUACCGAACAGGAAUCGAAUCUAAAUGGAUGUAAUUUAAUGGAGAGAAUCGACCGAGCAUUGUAUUUUUACAGUUCACUUUUCGACUGUUUGGACUCAACUGUUACGAGAACAUCAGUCGAGAGACAAAAGCUCGAGAGCAUGCUUCUGGGAGAGCAGAUAAAGAACAUCAUUACUUGUGAAGGAGUUGAUAGAAAGGAGAGGCAUGAGAAGGUUGAGAAAUGGAUUAGAAGGCUAGAAAUGGCUGGAUUUGCAAAGGUACCUCUGAGUUACAAUGGGAGGAUCGAAGCCACAAAUCUAUUACAGCGAUACAGUCAUAAAUACAAGUUUAAAGAAGAAAAUGAAUGUUUGCUUGUCUGUUGGAGUGAUAGACCACUCUUUUCUGUAUCAGCCUGGAGUUUUAGGAGAUGA